CCUCGUAGAGUAAUAAAUAGGGGGUGGCAUGAUAAUUGAUUGGUUCCCCACUGUAUUAUAGGUGCAGUAUAGUGUAGCAUAAGCCCGUUAUAGCUCUAUUAUAGGGUAUUCGGCAGACUGCGAGAAGCCCGACUCUCCACAGCUCACCACCCUCCUCGUCUCCCUGUCUCCUCCCCCAAUCUCGGAUGAAUGACAUCAUCCCAUUACCAUAGAUCUAUUUCCCUAACCAUCAGUCCGUUCAGCCGGUCAUUAUAAGGCACGGUAAAGUCCACAAAAACAACCCCAAAUCUACCUUGGAUAGAUAAUCCCCCAACCAUGCAGGGACUUGCAUCUAGACUGCGGGGAAGAGUGUCGGCUCGAUCUUAUUAACCAGGCACAUGGUUUCGGCAAGUGUUAUAAACACCCUCCCGAUUCGGUAUUCGGGGAUACUUGGAACCAGCCGGCUAGCAUGGGUAGGUAGUUAACUAAACGGGUCUGACGAAGGGGGAGAACCAACAAUGAAGCUAGAUCAUCUGGCCGGGAAACGAACCACCGUGGUGAUUCCCUCCAUCUCACCCCGCGUCUUCGUUUUCGUAGCACCGUAAUAUUUCAUUUUUUUCUCUUCUUAGAUUCUUGUGUAUACACCAAAGUCCGGAGUUACUUGUCAAUAAUCAUGUCGCGUCCGUUUCAAAAGGUAAUCAUUGUGGGAGCCGGUCCUUCGGGUCUACUCCUUGCACUUCUUCUAUCCAAACAUGGGAUCCCCGUAGAGAUCCUAGAGGCGUCGCAUGAAUUGGACAAACAACCCCGGGCCGCUAUCUAUGGAUCUCCCGCGAUCCCGGACCUGAAGCGGGCCGGUGUCAUCGAUCAGAUCCGAAAGGUCGGAAUGAGUCCGACGUCCAUGUGCUGGCGACGGUUCAAGGAUCACAGUUGGAUUACUGGUAUGGAUGCGAAGGUCUUGGAGAAUUAUAAUGGCGAAGACCUACGAAUGGCAUGUUUGGUCCUGGAUAAGCUCGACCAACUUAUGCUCGAUGAGUUUCUCUCCAAGUACGAUGGCAAAAUUAGCUGGAAGCAUAAAGUCGUCGGUACAGGCCAGGAUGAGAAGCAGGCUUGGGUAGAUGUCGAGACUCCGGAGGGAAAGAAGCAGAUCUUUGGCGACUAUGUUAUCGGAUGCGAUGGUGCGGGUAGCGCUGUUAGGAAAUCUCUAUUUGGCGAUGAAUACCCUGGGUUUACUUGGGAGAGGCAAAUUGUGGCGACCAACAUAUACUACGACUUUCAAAAGUUCGGUUUCAAAGAUUCCAACUUCAUCCUACAUCCCGAUCACUUCUUCAUGGCGGCCAGGCUCACAGAAGACGGACUCUACCGAGUAACGUACGGUGAAUCGCCCGGACUAACUUGGGAUCAAAUGCGAGACCGACAACCAUGGAAAUUCGAAUUGAUGCUACCAGGUCACCCGAAGCCAGGCGACUACAAAUUAAUCAACAUGUCGCCAUAUAAGAUGCACCAACGAUGCGCGCCAUCAUUCCGCGAAGGUCGCAUCCUUCUAGCCGCCGAUGCCGCACAUUUGUGCAACCCGUGGGGUGGUAUGGGUAUCACAGGCGGAUUCGUCGACGUCGGUGGCUUGUACGACUGCUUGGCAGGUAUCUGGGAUGGUAAGGCGGAUGAGUCCAUCCUAGAUUUAUACAGUCAGAAACGGAUUGAGAAGUGGAAGACGGUCAUCGACCCCAUCUCUCAGAGCAAUUUCCGUCGUGUUUCCGACAGCGAUCCGGAUACUCUCCUCGAACGUGACCCCGUUAUGCAAGCUUGCAAGGAAGCUGAGGAAAAUCCGGAAAUGCAAAAGAAUAUGUACUUGAACUUCUUUGAUAUGCGAUACGACUUCACGCAGCAUUAUAAGACGGCUUGAAGGGGAGAAGGCGGGAUGUCUGGGAGAUAUCGAUCUGGUCGAAAUGUACCUAUUUGUGUGAUGAGUUGUGUCAAGAUCUAUCUGCAUGUGCUUAUUAGUAGUAGAAGAAAUCUAGAUAAAUUCUAUAGCAUUGCUAUUAAAUCUAGUGUUUUGUCUUAA